ACGCAAGCUACGGCGCGCACGUUGACGCGCCCCACUUCAGCCUGUCCAGCUCCAACCUACUGUCGUCACAGCCAACUUCGCCUCAAGGACAUUUUCCGGCACAGCAACUUGCACCAGCAUCUGGACUCAGGCCGCUGGCUGCGUUGGAAUCCCCGACUUAUCGAUGAGGAGCUGCUUGCAUUGCUCGUCAUGAUACCCCAACGCCCUGGAGGGGACCAGGUCGGGCCGUAUGUGCUCCGGCCACUGCUUGAACAGGUGCCCCUCUCUGAAGAUGGAUCGCAAGAUGAUUUACGAAUAAAUUGUGUCGAAUACUACGACGGAAACCUCUACGUGGGCACAUCUGCCUCUGAAGUCCUCCACUUUGUUCGAAUCCCCCCCGAUCCUGCCGACAAGAAUGGCGCCCCGAUGUUUAUAUCUGCCUCUCGAACGUCACCUUAUUCCGACCCCUCUGGGACGUCAAAGCCUGGAGUGCAGCAGAUUAUGCUUCUUCCUCGAAUCGGAAAGGCAUGCAUCCUCUGUAAUGGCACCGUCUCCUUCUACUCGCUUCCAGAGCUCAGCCCAGCUUUUGGCUCGACGCAGGCUCGCAACUGCAACUGGAUUGGAGGCAUAGACCUGAAUGAAUCUCUUACAGAAGCCGCAGACGAACAGAAUACAGUCACGAUCAUGCUAUCUCUGCAACGCAAGAUUAAUGUGGUUCGGAUGGCCGAAGAUGGAAGGCCACAGCUCCUAAAGGAAAUCUCAUUCCCCGGCAGUAGAGUCUCAGCACGCCGAGAAUCAAUUGCCUGCGUUGCCGACUCCAAAUCGUACUCUCUGCUCGAUGUAAACCGAAAACUAAUGAUUCCUUUGAUGAGCAUAUCAUCGUUGGAUACAAGUUCUACAAGCCAUAUAGGCCAUACACAAAGCCUCCCUACAGAGACCGGCUCGAUGCAGCGAAGUUCAUCCCUGGCAGAGCCUCGCAGCUCCAGGCACCAGAGCCAUUCACGAACCUCUAGCCUCGGAGGCUCAAUUUUGGAUAAUUUGAGGCGGCAUGAGCCGGCCAAGCACGACUACGAUGACCAAAGCAUUGGGGGAUCCCCUCAGAGAUUCGCCAGCCCCCAACCGCCCGAGCAAGAAACGAACAAAGCUUUGCCUCCAGUGCCGGGUGAGCCUGCACCAGAGUUGCCUGCCUCUGAAUCAAAGACUUCUCUGCCAGCUGUUCCCCUCCGACCGCAUAUUGCGUCGCCUACUCCCGAAGAGUUUCUUUUAGUCGUUGGUACUGGUCCCAAUGAAGUCGGAAUCGGAAUGUUUGUCAGUGUGGAUGGCGACACUACACGUCCAACAAUCGAAUUUGAGAGCUACCCGAACGAGGUAGUCCUCGAUGGUGUUGCUGCAGACCCAUCCAUGUCCCAGGCCGAUAUCCAGGCCGAUGACGAUUGCUAUGUUCUUGCAUCGCUAUCGGUAGACGACAAUGGCACGACUCGCCAUGGUCUUGAAAUCCAGCGAUGGGAUGCAGGGGCGGAGGCUGUACCCCAAAAGCACUGGAUUGCAGCGGGCGAGGGAGCUGGUCACUACGGUAUUAAGGCACUACUUGGCACUGAAGAGACAAUUUCAGACUUGAUUGUGACGAAACUCAGCGAGCGACGGUUCCACCCAUUUCCAAAUUCGAUAGAGGCAUCCACAGCUUCGCUCAAGAGCGUCGAUUCGCGCACAGCCAUGUCUAUGGAACGGCUUGCCAAGGAACGAGAACUCUUUGAGCGUGAUUCAGACUCUCACGACGGCGACUCUAUAACAGAAGGGUGGGAGGCAUCGAGAAUAUCAGAUGGUGAAGAGUUUACUCGUCGUCUGGCCAAGAUCAACUCAAACAUUGCGGUCUGGUCCCAAACCCAGAUUUGGUGGGCAGUCCGUAAUCCGAUGCUGCUGCAGUUGGACGCACGACUUGAGUCAGCUGUAUCAGAAAAGGAUGGAUGGCCCCUGGCGAUUGACAGCCAUGUUGUGUUCUCAGUGCUGUCAUCUAUCAAAGAACGAGACGCAACUUCUGAGCUGGAGUUUCUGACAUUUCGAUAUAUUCAACAAAAGGCCGGAAUUUUACUGCUGGGCAGCUUGCUCAUGGGUCAUGCCGAGCAACAGCUCUCCGAUGGGCAGAUCCAGAUACUGGAAUCGGUUUUGAUGGAAAGCCAGCUUGAUCCGCGUGUGGUGCUCUCCUUUAUUCCCGGCUUGGGAAACGAAAUUCUACAGGCUCGCCAGGGCAUAUGGGUCUACAAUGGCAUCAAGAUUGCUGCCGAAGUCUUUCUUCAAAGUCGGGCUUUUGAGGCGAUUGCCAAGGGCUCGCUGGGUAACCUCGAGUCUCAAAUACUACAGUUCUUACGCCGCUUUCUCAGCGCCUGGAGAAAACGCAAGGGCUUUGGAAGUGUGUCUGACGAGAAGGAGGUGUUUGGCACUGUCGAAGCGUCGCUUCUCUGUGUACUGCUGGAGCUGGACCGCCCAAACCUGAAGAACGCGAACCACAACAGCGCGAUACGACUGGAGCUGAACGAUUUUGUUAAUAAGGGCGUCGACUCAUUUGAACGCGCCAUUAGCCUAUUAGAAGCGCACCACCGCCUGUUUAUGCUCAGUCGUCUAUACCAGAGCCGCAAGAUGUCUGCAGACGUUCUGGCAACGUGGAAGAGGAUUAUUGAGGGAGAACGAGACGAUGGCAACGAACUGGUCGACGGUGAAGUUCGCGUGCGCGAGUAUCUGACCAAGAUUGGUAAUCAAUCUCUCGUGCGGCAGUAUGGCAUCUGGCUUGCACAGCGCAAUCCAAAGCUGGGUGUGCAAGUAUUUACCGAGGACAAGGGCAAGGCGCCCAAAUUUGAGCCUACAGAGGCGGUGGAAAUUCUCAAAGAAGAAGCGCCGGACGCCGUGAAAUAUUACCUAGAGCACCUCACGUUUGGAAAGGGCCAUACGGCGUAUGUCAACGAGCUCAUUACAUACUAUCUAGACGUAGUGAUUGAGGACUUGAAGAAGCCAGCUAGCUGUGAGGCCAUCAUGGCAGCAUAUGGUGCGUAUAGAGCGCUGCAAGCCCCAAAGCCGACGUACCACCACUUUUUGGAGGAAAACUCGCCGGAAAACGACGAAGUCUGGGAAAGCAGGCUUCGACUUCUUCAGCUGCUGGGCGGUGCGCACGACUACGAUUCGGCGGCGAUUCGAAAGCGCAUCGCCUCACUUCCCGACGACUUGCUGGUGCCCGAGACGGUGAUCUUGGCCAGCCGCGAACAUAACCACAAAGAUGCCCUGCGCCUGUUGGUGCAGAAGCUGGGGGAUUACGAUUCGGCGCUAUCAUACUGUCUCCGCGGUAGUUCGAGCCUCUUCUCGACCACGACGGCAGAUAGCUUACACAGUCUGGAGCUUGCGAUUGAGCUGCAACGCAACCUAUUCAACAUUGUUCUACGCGAGUUUUUGGUUAUUGAGGAUGCGGCUGACCGUAUUGAGCAGACGGGAUCGCUUCUGGCGAGGUUUGGGGGGUGGUUUGACGUAGCAGAAGUCUUACAGCUGAUUCCCGACUCGUGGCCGGUAGAGGUUAUUGCUGUGUUCCUGGUGGGUGCGAUCCGGCGCAUGGUGCGCGAGAAGCGCGAGGCCAUGGUGGCCAAGGCGCUGAGCCGAGCGCAGAAUCUGCGUGCGAGCGCUGCUGUAAUUGAAGAGAUUUGCGAAAAGGGGCCAAUUGUGCAAGAGGAAGCUGCUGAAGAGGCCACUGUGUGAGUGCGGGGGGGGGAGGAGUUGUCUAUUAUAAUGAGAUAUGACCAGUAUCUGUAUCAUAUAUUGUAUAUACGCCAUGCAAUCCAUCGCUUUUUACUUGAUCCUUAAAUGUCAUUCCACAUGCUAACUGUAUAUACCUUUUUGUGAGGCGUAUGGCAUCAUCAGUUGCGCUCUCAAUACUUCACAAAGCCAAAGUUACCACCGCCCUCACCCAACAACACUCCCUCAUAUAUAACCCAGCAAAUUGUAUCUUGAUGACUUAAAAGUCUAAGUGCAUUCUAUAUACCAAAUUGUAUCUUCGUAAUGUAAAAAACGUAUAUGUAUUCUAUAUGCCAAAUCCCAUGUAACGCAAUGCAGAGUCAAAACUUUUCCUCCCCGUUUUCCCAUAAACAUACCCCAAGUAUGACGCCAGCAAAUGCUCCAUCUAUAUUCCCAUCUCUUCAAAACCUUCUUCACUCGCCGCGAAUCUUCUUCAGGAUCCCCACUACAUGCCAUCUCUUGCGCUUUGUCACAUCAUCCUCCAUGACACUAUCCCAAUCGCGCUCCUUGCCAUCACAGUCCCGCUCCCAAAUCGCCUCGAUCUCAAGCCCCUUGGCCCUCAGCGCCUCCUUAUCAAAGAACUUGCGCACAUUCUCCCGGCCCGUAUGAAACCCAGCACAUACCCACGCGCGCGCGCCCUCACUAUCGUUCAGGAAAUGCGCCAACGUCGUCCGCAGAUUCUCAUGCUGCCAAGGCAUCCACAGACAAUCCGCCGCAAUCACACGAUCACACGAUCGCCCAUGCGCAACGCCCACGCUGUCGCCCACUUCACCCCACGAGUGGCCCUCGACAAUGACGGUCGCCGAAGUCGGCGAGGGAGCACACUCGGCCCGCGUGUUGCGCGCAACAUUGGUCCGCAGUGUCGUGAGGAGCGGCGCGGACGGGUAAUCCGUCACGACGACCUCGCGCGCGCCGAGCAGCGUGCUCAUGAUGCUGGGCAGCGCGGUGCCGGCGCCAAUCUCGAGUGUUUUGAGGUUGGUGAUGGAGAAGUGGACUAUGUCGGUGUUGCGGCGUGGUGGGGUUAGAGGGAGGCACAGGGUGUCUGCUUCUAUGAACUCGGCGAGCAGGAGGGAUGAGUUCCAGAGGUGGUGCGAGAAGAGGCGACGGUCGUCCUCGGAGGAGACAUUGGGUAGGUCGAUGACGAAGGGGAGCGGGAGGUGUGGCGAUGUGUAGAGGAGCGGCUGGUCGGCGUCGCCGUGUAGAAUGGCGACGUCUUCGGGGAAGAUGGUGCCAAAUGCGUAGGCGAGGAUGUCUUCAGGCUCUUCGUUGAGGUCUUUGAGGGUGAUGCGGUGGGUGAGCGACAUGCUGGGCUGGCCUUCCGGAGCAAAGGAGGUCGGGAGAAAUGACAUAGGGAGGGAGCUAACGGUUUGGUG